UGCAUUCCGGGGUUACAGUUCUUAGCAGUUAGCAGCUUCGCUAACUGUUUAUGAAAAUUGAAUUCAUUUUGCAAAAGAGAAACGUAUCACACUUGCAGGAUCAACCUAGUUUGACUUUGUUUUAUAGGUCGGUGCGCUGUCUGCAAUAAUACCAGCGUUUAUCCAGUGGUUAUCUAAGAACUGGGGUUACGUUAGGGAGACACAAGCUAAGCUAACGUUAGCUCAGUAGGGCAUUUUUGUUUUGGUGUUGUCUCAGUUACCUUAGCGCUCGCUAGAACUACAGAAUGACUUCGGCUUCCACUAAGGUGGGUGAAAUCUUCUCGGCGGCAGGCGCUGCUUUCAGUAAACUGGGUGAGCUUACCAUGCAGCUGCAUCCUGUAGCUGAUUCGUCUCCUGCGGGGGCCAAAUGGACAGAGACUGAAAUUGAAAUGCUGCGGUCAGCUGUUAGGCGCUUUGGGGACGAUUUAAACAACAUCAGCUCAGUCAUUAAGGAACGCACAGUUGCUCAGAUUAAGAGCACAGUGAAGAGGAAGCUGUAUGAGGACAACCGGGUUCCCCUCUCACUAGAGCUUCCCAAAAAAACCGUGAAGAAAACCACUGUGGCGGCAACUCCAUCACCGAUGGCACCAACCAUUAUUUCAGUUCCAACCUCACAAGUUGUUGUACAACAAGGAUUGCAAAGUGCUUCUGCAUUGCCACCCACAAUUAAAAAAGCAAAAACUGCCGAUGUUACCCUCAGCGCUCUCAAUGACUCGGAUGUCAAUAGUGACUUGGUGGCUAUUGAAGGACUUGGAGAGGGUUCUACCAAGAAGCCCAACUUUGAUCAGGAGAGUCUCAGUUUGGAUUCCAGUCUCAUAAUGAACUCUGGCGAUCUGCCUCUACUUUCAAGAUGAGAGCCAUUUACCAGUGAUUUGACAGUUCAUGCUUCUGAGAUCGGCAGUGCAUGUGGAUGUACAGACAUAUGUUUGCUGUGCUGUUAAGUGAGACUCUGGCCAGUUUGUGUCUACCGAAGGUUGAUGCAAAUACAUUGCCUAGAAUUCAGGCUAACACAGGGACAGAACAUCUAGUCUCACAUGUCUAGUUUUACAUUUUUUGAGGUAGUUCAUUCAGCUAGAUCAGUGAAGGUCAUGCAGUAGGCAGGUUAUAUUGCUGCUGGGCUACUUAAUGAGAAAUCUGGCUUUCUUGCUUUGUGAAACGUCCCCAGAUGCUCUAGUGUAAGACAUUGCAGUUUCGCUUUUGUAUUAUAUUUUUAAAUAUCCUUUAUUUUUUGCAGAAAAUUGUGACUGUGUAUAUAUAGUGUUUACAUACAGGUUUUACCUUGCAAUAAUUUGUUGUCUGUACAUAGUAAUGUGGAACGACCUGUUGCAUCUUGCUUCCAUGUAAUGAUAACCUUUAUGAUUAGGAGCUUUUGGAGAAAGUGGACACUGACCUGUAGCCUGUCAUCAAAUAAAAACCCAUUUGUUAAAUACA